CCUCAGACAAUCAUCCAGACUUCACUGUACCUGUACCCAGCCCAGGGACCAUGAGGACCAUUCGCUGCUCCUACACUCCCCUGAAAAACGAUCUCCAAGAUAAAUUUUCCAGCGAUGAUUCUGAUUUUGAGGUCAUAGAAGAAUCAGAUGUGAAAACUGAGAAAAAGGUUUGUGGGAAGAGUAAAGAGGAGGCGGAUGAACCGGUAUUGAUUGACUGCAGUCAGAUUCUCAGGAAUGACGAAGUCAAGCAGAUUGCACAACAUUUGCCACCAAAAGUCAUAGGACGUAAGUGGAAGAUGCUAUACAGUACAGACAAGCAUGGCUUCAGCCUGAGGACUAUGUACAGGACUAUGAGUAGAAUCAGCUCCCCGGCAUUACUUAUCAUUAAAGAUGAUGAAGGAAAGGUCUUUGGAGGCUUCUCUUCCAGCGAGCUCAAGGUUAGCCCUAGUUUCUAUGGAACCGGAGAAACUUUUCUGUUCAGCUUCUCACCACAGCUAAAGGUCUUUCGGUGGACGGUAGACAACAGCUUUUUUGUUAGAGGGGAUGUCCAGUCCUUGACAUUCGGAGGUGGCAAAAAUGGUCAUAUUGGCCUGUGGCUGGAUGGAGAUUUGUAUAACGGGAGAAGUCAAAGGUGUGAAACGUUUGACAACAUCAUACUGUCGAGUAAGGAGCAUUUCCGCAUCCUCCGACUUGAAGCCUGGGCAUUCACCUGAGUGUCUUCUGUGGUCCUCCAUGUCCACCCCUUGGACAGACUCUUAAAAUGAUUUGUCUGGUGUAGCAAAAG